CAUUCCUCUUUGCUGCCCUCAUGUGGAAACAGAACAUACAGUUUUCAUUAAAACUUUCGACCAGUCAGGUCAUUUGAGGCUGAGAAGCGCUUCUUUCGCUAAAGAGCUUGGAAAUCCGAGGUUACGUGAAGACCUUGAAGGCAUCUUGAGCGUCGGUCCCCCACCCCUGAAGCGAGCGGGGCCACAUCCGUCAGAGCCGCAGCUCUCUCGGAGGUUUUCAUCCCGCACCGCCACCGCACGGUCCUCCGCCUGAACCCGGUUCCUCUGCGCGGAUCCUCCCGUCCAUCCGAACCGGGGGAGCGAUGCGACGUCCCGGAGGAGAGAGCAGCGGAGACCAAGCGGCCAGGCAGCAGCGCACACCUGUGAGGAGCAUCUGACUUAGUUUCCACUAAAGAAAGGCUCUUUCCGGUCUCCACUAUGACUGAUGGGGAUUACGACUACCUGAUCAAGCUGCUGGCUCUGGGCGACUCCGGCGUGGGGAAGACCACCUUCCUCUACCGCUACACCGACAACAAGUUCAACCCCAAGUUCAUCACCACGGUUUACACGACUUCAAACCCGAAUGGAACGACGACCGGAAAAACCUUCAAGGUUCACCUGCAGCUCUGGGACACGGCGGGACAGGAGAGGUUCCGCAGCCUGACCACGGCGUUCUUCAGGGACGCCAUGGGCUUCCUGCUGAUGUUCGACCUGACCAGCCAGCAGAGCUUCCUCAACGUUCGCAACUGGAUGAGCCAGCUGCAGGCCAACGCCUACUGCGAGAACCCGGACAUCGUUCUGGUCGGGAACAAGGCGGACCUGGCCGACCAGCGGGAAGUUCAGGAGAAACAGGCCAAGGAGCUGGCCGACAAAUACGGGAUCCCGUACUUUGAGACGAGCGCAGCCACCGGAGCGGAGGUGGACAAGGCGGUGAUCACGCUGCUGGACCUGGUGAUGAAGAGGAUGGAGCAGUGCGUGGACAAACCGCCGGCCGACCCCGCCAACGGGAACGGCGCCGCCAAGCUGGGCGAGGGAACGGCCGACCCGAAAAGAUGCGCAUGUUAGACCCGGAGACGCUGCUCCGUCCCUGUCCUCCGUCCUCCUCACGUCCCUCCGCCUCUUACUUCCCUCCCUCUCUGUCCUCAGCAUGUUCCUUUCAUCUUUCAGUCAUUCCUGUUUGCAGCUCUGACAACAAACACACUGCAGCUCCCUCUAGUGGACACCCGAGGCAUCGCAGCCUCCGCCUGUCAGCCUUGAGGAGCAAAUUGAACCAGAAGGGGGCGCCGUCAUCGCUGUCAGACGCAUAAUGUGCCUCGCUGAAAACCUGCAGCCUGGGAAUUAAACUCUGCAGGCUCCUGCUUCACCGUUUAUCAGAACCAGAAAUCCAACCUCAGUUCAUGGCUUCACCGCAGGAAAAGGUCGAACUUUGGGUCAAAUCUGGGCUGAAACGAGUUUAAUGCCAGGCUGUGAGAAUGAAGCUUUUUAUCCUGGACCACACUGAGGAUUAGUGGGACCAAUGUGUUUUAAUUAUGCUCCUUUGUUUCUCUCCGCUCUGCCGGACCGGUACCAACCACACAUUAGAGAAGCUUUGUUUUAGACGUUUACUGAACAUGUGCCAAAUGUGUUUUAUAUUAACAGGCUUUACUGGGAGUCUGACACAAACAUGGAGAGGCUCCAGCAGCGUUUCUCAACAUAAAACUGUUUGUGAUGUCUUUUUGUGACCAGUUUGAUUUAUUUUUUUAUUAAUCAAAGCUUUUUUAGCUAAUUUAUGGGAGUAUUUCAGCUUCAGCCAAAACAAAGAGCCCAGAAAAAACAUAAUAUUCAGUUUAAUUUAAAAAUAAAUGAAAAUGGAAACACAGCUCGACCUGAAAUUGUAGUAAAAAAUGAUACAAGGUCAGCUAACCAUCACUAAAUGUUGAAUUGCAAGUAGAAAGUGGUCCAGAUUAGCUUAGCAGUUAGCUUAUGUAGCUGCUAGCAUGAUGCUAAUGUAACAACUGCAGCUGCAGAUUUUAAGACAGUUUAAGUCACAUUUCUUGCUUUACUUCUUGCUCUGUGAACAUUUUUUCAUUCUUGCUAACUUCACUAACAUGAUAAAAAAUCAAGCUAACCUAGCUUAGCCUACAAUGUUUGCUGGUGAAAACAGAAAAGAAAUUACAGUGGCUCUCAAAACUGUGUUCACAGUAAUCAUGUUUCUACAGUUAGGAGUGAUAUUUUUCAGCAGUUCAUCAAAACAAAAAACUAAUUUUUCACAGCCUGUCCACACUUUUAAGAUCCACUGCAACUAAACCAUCUUUUUGUUUUGAUAUGUUGUAAUAAAUAUUUUGUUGUUAUUAUUGUGGACAUCCACAACAAAUGGUCGUCCAAAAUUAAACCUCAGUUAACAUUUAUUUACUUUUUUAAACAGCGGAUACAAAAGACUCAUUAGCUAAUGUAGCAUUGAUGCUAGCCAGUUAGCUUUCAUAACUGCUAGCAGGAUGCUAAUGUAUCACCAGUAGCUCAUUGUCAUUUUAACUGAAAAAUAAACUUCAGGCUUUGCUUUAUUUUCAUUUGGUUUACUUCUGAUCAAAAGGCACUAGCAUGCUAAAGAUAGGCUGACUUAGCAUAGCCACCUAGCAUAUUUUAGCAUGACAUAAAAAUGACUAGUAUUGGCAUUGUUUUGUCAUCUGUACACUUUAAAGCUGCAGUUCAUUUCCAGCACAAAGGAACCUGAAGUUUAAAGCGAAUGAAGCUCAGUUAGCAUCAUUAUACCUAAUGUAGCUUCAGUGCUACACAGUUAGCUUCAAGGAUAUUUUAAUGUAACAUCAGUUCAAGGUUUUGCAUAUUUUUAAAGCAAUUUGAUGUAUAUUUUAUUUUCUUUAUCUGCCUCACCAACUUAUCUUAUUCAUAGUCAUGCUAGCUUAGCAGAGCCAGCUUUUUUUUUACGCAAACAUCAGAGCUUGGAGUAAAUUAUUUAAACCUACAUUGUUUGACUCUUCAUAUGGUGUAAAAAUUUGAAUGUUUUAACUGUGGAUGUCCAUCACAAAGUAAUAAAUGCUCAGUUAGGCUGCCGUUCGUUUUUCUCUCUGCCAUUUUUGUGUUUUUUCAUGCCCGACUUUCUCCAGUACAAACUGUCCUGUAGACGCCGGGCUGUUUGGUUAGGACAGAUUUUUGUGACAGUUAUUUCCUAAAUUCAUAAAAAUACUUCUAAUAAUAAGUUCAUAGUUUAGUUAAAUGGCUUUGCUGACAGUUAUAAAAUGUUGAUGCGUUUUUAGCUAAUGGUUGAAUGAAUUUCCAGAGGGACAAGUGACCCAGAUACAUUUAAUUAACGACACUAACAAAGUAUUUAUUUACUAAUGUAGCAUUGUUGCUAAGCCAGUAGCCUUCAUAUCUGCUAGCACGAUGCUAACAGGAGUGACUCAAAGUUUUCCCAUUUUUCUGUCUAGGUGGAAGAAAUCAGUUUUGGUGCCUAAUUUGCCUCAUUUGCAUCAGAAAAGUUUUCAUAACUUCACGAUUUCUGCCAUUUAUGUGUUAUAAAUGUUCCCUGUGGAUGAUUGAUUUGAUCCAUGUUGAUUUUCACCCAACAACCAUGAAACUUUUUUUUGUUUAAAUUAUUGACAUGUCCUUCUUAUAAACUCAUAUCAUUAUUUUACCGCCACUGUGCUUCAUUGUUGGCUUCAUUACUUCACUUACUAAAAAUAAUUAGUUUGUUUUAUUGUUUUGGGAACAGUUAGUUUUAUUUAUCUGUGACUGGAAGUUUGCUAAAAAACAAACUUGUUGCUGCAGCAGUAAUCUAUGGAAUACCUCACAUGCCAAGAAUGGCUCAAAUGAUCUGUGUUGGAGAAAUGAACAAUAAUCUCCAUAUUAAUAAUAAAAAUACUGAAUAAUUUCAGUAAUUCAGAAAAACACCAAAUGAGCUCCAGACUAAACCAACUCUUAGCAUCUUUUAAUGUUUCAGAAAGGAGGAAAAGACGUGGAGCUUUAAUUCCUUUUAAUCCUCCAUAAAUGAUUACAUAUAUGUUGCAUGACCAGUUGUGGAACCACUGCCUUGUAAUCAUGAUAAUCUUUGAUACGGUUAGUUUUCUGCACCGCUGGUCUUUGUUUAUAUUUUUAAAGCUACAUUUAGCUUAAUGCUCUAUAUUUGAUUUUGUUUGUUUUCAACAUGUCGUCUUGAAACCAGAACAUUAUGUUGCGUUCAUGUUGUGCCUGUUGAACCUUCCUGUCUGUGAGGUUUUGUCGGCUGUGAAUGUCUGAAUAACAGACCAGAAAGUCCUGAAGUUGGUUUUAUUUUUGGAAACGCGUCUCUUCCUCUGAUGCCUGCAGUUUGAACUCGGUUGUUGCGUAUCGAUGCCUGUAUGCUGAGCAUGUUUGACACAAUGAGAACGACAUGAGAUGCUUUGUGUUUCUGGUGCAGAGCUGAAAUAAAUCGGUUGGUUUUAUCC